AUGUUGAAAAAGUCUCUGAUAAGUUCGUUCCUGGGACUGUUUUUAAUCAUCGCAGCAAGCAAUGCUAAAAAUUUACAGCCUUUAGAGCCCGUAUUGGAGGGUGGCCAUAUUGCUAGACCGGCCAAAUUCAAGCCUCACGUGUCCAUUCAAGUCCUCGGUCCCUACGGUUGCACUUACCACUUGUGCGAGGGCGCGAUACUCGACGAGCUGCACAUCAUCACCACGGCUUUCUGCGCCACUGCGUAUAAAGAUAAGAAUUUGGUCGUCGUGGCCGGUGUGUCAGAUUUGCGCGACAAAGAGGCCGGCCUGUAUCACGAGGUCGAGCAUAUCUACACGCCCAAAACUUAUCGUUUAAAAUUGGAGAGUCACGACGAUAUAGCAAUCUUGAAGCUGAAAAAACCACUGCCCCUGGGCAUAGAUUCAAGAAUACAGGCAGUCAAAUUACCCACUGCCCAUCAUACGGUCGAAAAAGACUUCGCGCUACUGAUGACUGGCUACGGCUUUAAAGAACAGCAUCCGAACGGCACAGUGAAGUUGGCAACAAGAGGCAGUCCAGUUUUACGAUGGGAUAUUCAAACGAAUCCCUUCAAUGACGAGAAAUGCGAUGCCGAUGAUAAGGAAUUCUGCACCGUAGUCCAGGUGUUCGAGUUGAAAUCGACGACUUGCAACAGACACAGCGGCGCUCCGCUCGUCGAAGUGAAACUCCUCGCGCAUGAACAAAUUGAAUUCACCUUGAUCGGUGUUUCGAAAAUCACGAAUCCACAUUGGUGCGGAUCGUUCAACAAAUACACCAACGUUUCGACCUAUCUGGAUUUCAUCAGUAACGUACGAAACCAAGUUCUAAACGACGUGCAAUCUGAAACGAUAACGACUGACGAUAAUGCGAACAAGUUGCGCGAAUAUCCUGACUGCUACGAAUUAGAAUAA